GUUCAUCAGGCAGCAUGCGUUUGUUGAUAAGCAGGAAAUCCGGAAGAAUUCAAGAUCAAGCAAGUAGCCCCGUUCUGUCAAACAGCGUUUGGAAACCAAUCUUCCUUGCCGCCGGGAAAACAAAUGGAAAUGAAACAAACUGAAAUCGAAAGCUGAUCGUCGUCCUAGGAUUGAACGCCAGAGUGAAUCAGGCAAAAUGUUUAAAUUUGGGUUUCAAGUUGAUUCAGAAACGGAAGUCGGUGAUAAAGAGGAGCAGAAAUGCGAGCAAUCAAACAGCGAAAAAAGUGCACCCUCAGCGCCUACUGCUUAUCCCUGCGAGGAACUGGCGAUGCUGCCGGAACCUCCUACCAUCAACCCGGACGUGGUGAGCUCCUUCCAACCAACUCCGGAUUGUACGAUCGAGUAUCUUAACAAUCUGGCACUGCUGGAUGAAACGUUCGAAGAGGAUAUUUUGAGCGCCGAAUCGGAUCACUCUGAUCUGGUUCCGGGUUGCUAUGAAGGCGGUUUGAAGGUGUGGGAAUGCACUUUUGAUUUGGGGCAGUUUCUGGCCAAAGAAGAUCGGAAGAAAAUCUUGGGCAAGAAGGUGCUCGAUUUAGGCUGUGGCGCUGGCAUUCUUGGUAUCGAAGCGAAACUUUUCGGCGCCGGUGAAGUACACUUUCAGGAUUAUAAUAAGGAUGUCCUCACGAAGCUGACGAUGAUAAACUACGAUAUCAACUGCCGAUCGGAAGAUAGCGGCAAGAAGGAAGAUUCUUCGGUGCGAUUUUUCGCCGGUGACUGGGCAAGCUUCACGGAAAAGUACCACACCAAGUACGACAUUAUACUAUCCUCGGAAACGAUUUACAACACAGGAAAUUAUCGAAAACUGUUGGAUCUCUUCGAUCGAAAAUUAGCGAAAAAGGGAGCCGUUUACCUAGCCGCUAAAACCUACUACUUCGGUGUCGGUGGCGGAACGCGCUUGUUCGAGACGGAAAUGGAUGAAGACGCUCGGUUUCGGUACAAAGUUGUAUGGAAAUGUAACUCUGGUGUGAAGCGAGAAAUUCUUAAAAUUAUGAAACGCGAUGAGGAUUAACACCGCUGAAAAGUGAAUAAACGAUCGUCAAACGAAUUUUAAACAGCAAACUCUCAUGUAAGUUUUCGGAUGGUUUUGUGGGAAGAAUGGUGCAAAGUGAA